AAAGCCUAAAAUCGGAGAAAAUAUGAAAAAUUCAAAAUCAGAACCAUACUGUUCAUUUUUAUCAUGUUGUAGCUAUUUAAUUGUUUUAAUUUGUCAUGUUAAUGUUUCUUUCUUGCUUACGUUAUUUCUCUAUUAGUUUUUAAUGAAUCUCUUGUUAUGCAUGUUUUUUUCUUUUUUUUUUUACAUUUGUCCUUUAUUGUCCUGAACAUGUUUUGCAUUACCUUGUGUGUGAUUUUUGCACUUCCCUUGCUUUAUCUAAAACCUGGGAAAGUGUCACCAAGAUGUGCUGCGGUACACCUGCUGCACCUUUGCGUCUGGCUGAAAGCAACAGCAGGAGUUCGUGAUCAAUCAGAGGAACACAGCGAAAUUCCAUGUCAAUGUAAGGUUAACGCUAGUGCUCCUCAUCUCUUUAUAUGAGCUGGUAUUGACGUGGGUGAACCAAGCGGAGACCCGCUCCGUGGACCGAAGCAUACAUUUACUCACUGAACAAAUCGAGCAUUCAGCGUGGACUGUGUCGCACACACCGUGUAAGCCGAGUGCGCUUUGUGUCUUUCAUUCAUUCCUGUGAAGGCUGCCGCUUCCUCUCACACUUUCAGCUCUUCCUCCUCCCCCCACGCCGGGCGAGCUCGUCUGAUCCCCGCUGUCGCUUUUUGGUCCGAGUUAAGUGGAUGAUAUCAACAGAGCUCGGUGUUCUUCCUACCUGCGGCGCGGUACCGCGGACCUGAGAAGUCCCCAGAGGACAGGCGCAUCACGACGUAAAGCAGCGAGAAGGAGUUUAUUAUUGUUACUGUUAUUUUAAUUUUUCUCAGAGGGAGCGACGCGGUUUGAAAGAAGAUAUGCGAGUCAAAUUAAUCUGGAUGGAGCAGAGUCCCGCUGAGUUCUGACGGAUUUUAAGGAACAGGUGCCAUAAAGGAAUACAGACAGGACAGCUGGCGGAUGGUUGUCGGUUUCGAAGAAAGAAGUCUGCCUCUGCGCAAGGUUCAGAUGAAGAUGAAGUCCCCGGGUGUUGUGGAUGGAGGUUUAUUCACAGAGAGCUAUUGCAACAUCUGCAAUGCUCAGCUCAUCUCCGAGUCCCAGCGCACCGCUCACUAUGAGAGUAAGAAGCACGCAAACAAGGUACGUCUGUUCUACAUGCUUCACCCUGAAGAUGGAGGACCACCUUCCAAAAGACUGAGGCCAGAUAACCCAGAUUGUGCAGAAACAGAAGUUGACAGAAACAAGUGCUGUACCUUGUGUAACAUGUUCUUCACCUCCGCCAUUGUGGCCCAGUCCCACUACCAAGGUAAAACCCAUGCCAAGAGAGUGCGCCUAGUGCUCGGGGCACCACCAAAUCUACCCACAGCCGUAACCAGCCCUGCAAACACAGAUUCCUCACCUUCAACUCCGCAGACCACAGACCCCAACGCCCCCCCUGCCUUACCCUGGCCAACGCCGGAGCUCGGUGGGAAUGGUGGCAGAGAAGCUGGAAAGUACUGCUGUCUUUGCGGAGCCUGGUUUAAUAACCCUCUGAUGGCCCAGCAGCACUAUGAGGGGAAGAAACACCGCAGGAACGCCGCCAGGGCACGCCUCCUGGAGCAGCUAGCAGGCAGUCUGGAUGCCACAGAGAGCACAGGGCUGCGCAGUAGUUACUCUUGCAGUGUGUGUAGUGUGGUCCUCAACUCCAUUGAACAGUACCAUGCACACCUCCAGGGCUCCAAGCACCAGAACAACCUAAAACAACACCAGCAGUAAGUCUGGCCACAGGGGAAGGAAGAAGCAACGAAGACCAAGUGUGAUAAACAACUUUGGAAAAGAGAGGACUUAGUGCCAGAAAGUAGUGCAGAUUAACUACAGUGUAUAUGUUUGCGUGUGUGUGUAUGUGUGUUGGUGUGUGUGUGUGUGUGUGUGUGUGCGUGUGUAUAGGUGUAGGUUGUGGGCAUCUAUGCACAUAUCUAAAGUGUGUGGGUAGGGAAUAAGUGUGUGUUCAUUUCUAUAAUCGGGGUAUAUUCAGCCGGUUUUGUUCGAACGUUGAACAGUCUGAACAAUCGUCUGAAGACUUGCAGCUGAGGAUUACCACGUAGCUCCUCUGUGAACCACAAUCAUAAAUUGAACUGAUGUCACUGCAUUACCCAGGCUGGUAAUAACCAUCACGACGAUCACCACAGAACAGUAGUACUAAUAACUCUGUGACUAGUGGUCCCCCAAGUGCUCUGACAGUGAUCCAAAUCUGGAUACGAUGUCUUGAUGUUUCCAGUACAGUGCCUUGCUGAAGUCUUCAUACCCCUUUUCAGAUUUAAAACCACAAACUUCAUUGUACAAGUAAGAAUCUAAAAAUUGUGACAUCGACUAGUGCAUAAUUUUUGUUCAUUCUUCUUCACAAAGUUGUCAGUGAACAUAUACAGUCAUAUUCUGUAAAUUAGAAUAUGUGUUCUGAUGAAGUUUGUUCGUCAGAUUAAAGGUACCUUUUGAAAAUAACCUUUAAGCAGGUAUGAAACAUACUUUUCACUUAGCCCACAUUUCUGUACUAAAAAUGAUUUUUUUUGUCUGAUGUAAUAUUCUAAUCUUAAAUGUCGUGUUUUGAUUAGGCUGUAAGUAGAAAAUCACCGUACUUAACAGAAAUAAAUGCUUGAAAACAUCAAUCUUUGUAUAAUUAUGCUACAUAAUGUGUUUCACUUACUAGAAUAGAAUAGAAUAGAAUAGAAUAGAAUAGCAUAUUGUCAUUGUACUGGUGGGUACAAUGAAAUUGUGAAAUGAGUUAUUAAAAUAACUUAAUAUUUUAAUUUAUUGACUAUGACUGUAUUUACGAGUCAUGCCACAGAUUCUCGGUUGAUUUAUGGUCUUGUUUGGGCCACAAAUGAGCCAAACAGUCAUCUGAAGUAGCCCUGGCUGUUUGUUUGGGGUCAUUGUUGUCCUGUAAAGUGAACCCUCACCCCACCCUCAUGUUAUGGUCACUAUAUAGUCUGUAGCAAUCUGAAAAGAGGAUUUGUUUCUACUUUCUAUCAACAAUUUAACAAUCUUGCCACUCUUCUAUAAAGUCCAGAAUCUGCUGACAUGACUAAUACUUGUAACGUCAGCAGAUUCUCCCACCUGAGCUGCAGACCCUUGCUGCUCCUCUACAGUAACUACGGGCCUCUUGGCUACAUCUCUGAUUAAUGCUUUAGUUGCCUAGCCUGUCAGUGUGAGUGGAUGGUAAUGUCUUGGUAAAAAUGAACAUUGCUCCGUAAAAUGUUCGAAGUUUACGAUAUUGUUUUAUAAACUAACCCUGCUCUAAAUGUGUUCACAGCUUUUGCCCUGACAUGUCUGACAUGUUCCUUGGUCUUUAUGAUGCUAUUUGUUCAUUAAUGUUUGCCAACAAAUCUCUGAGGCUUUCACAGAACAACGUUAUUCAAGAUGAGGUUAAAUUCCACAGGUGGAUUGUGUCAGAUCUUUCCUUAGAGCAAUUGGUCACAUUGGAUUGUAUUUAGGGAUGUCAUAUUAAAGGGCACAGCUUUUUUUAUUUGUAAAACAAUUUCUAAACAAUUUAGUAACCAUACAUUGUUUUCUUCUACUUUACAAGUAUGCAAUAUUGUGUUUAGGUUUAUCACAUAAGACCCUCAUAAAGUGCACUGAAUGUUACAGUUCUCUUAUGAUGAAAUGUUAGGGGUAAGGGGUAAUGUAAGGGGUAUGUAUGCUUUUCAAGGCACUGUAUACAUGGUUCACUUCCAGACCAAUUGAAAUCUACUCAGGCCCAGACUUUGAAGUCAAAGAGCAAGAAAACCCCCUGUGACCUCAGCCACUACUGACUGCAUGACUUGCCAUAAGUUCAAACAAAAAUAUUUUUUUGUUUUGAAUAUAGUAAUGCCAGUCAGUGUUGUGGAAUGGUCUCUUUUCAAUACUUGUAUCCCUCCUAAUCAGAAUCUGCAGAUAAAAGGGAAAACAAGCAAAGAGACUUCCAAAGCCCUACUGUUAAAGAAAGUAUAUGAAUCAUCUACUGUUGAAAACAUUCCCACUGCACUAAAUAUUGAUGUCAGAUGCAGGUUGGAGGUGACAGAAGCUCUCUCUGUAAAGGGCAACAUGUAGAUAAUAUUUCUAUAUUUUUCUGUUGCUAUAGCCAGAGGAAAAUAAGCGUCCUUCCCUACUCAUGUAGCACCUAAUACAACUGGGAUUGUUUUCGAUGCAUGUAUUGCAUUGAUUUUACUUUUUCAAGCCGACUUAUUGCGUGUGUUGACAGUAGUGCUGCUUUUUAGGAAUAGCUUUGUAAUGCAUUACAGCACAUGCUUGCAACAGAACUAAAAGGUCAUGUUUAGAUGUGAUUUAGUCAUCUACCAAAGGAAAAUAUUUUGAUACAUAUAUAUAUUAGACCUGUCACUGCAGCAUCAUGGUCUUUUGUUGUUUCUUCUGUCUGUGAGUUUUACUAAAGGUUACUAGCUUCCUACAAUGAACAAAAUGUGAUGUGAUAGCAAAGAGAAUAGCAGUAACUCUUAUUUUCUAUUAACUUGAGGAAGAGCUAAAAAAACUAAAAAUCCUGAGCUGUCCCGUUAUUCACAGUUCCGGUAAAAUGCUUACAUUGGAAGUAAUGUUAUUACUUUUUUUUUUUGCCUUUUAAUGGUUUAUUUAAAGCAUUCCAGGAUUUUUAUGCUAGAAUUUGAUUUGUUUGAUUUUGUUUCAUUGAUCAAACAAAAGUAACUUAAAUUAAUUUUACAGUUUUUGGGUGAAAAAAUGUAUUGAUAAUUGUGGAGUUUCUUAAAUUGAGACGUUGCCAAAAUAAUACAUACAGGCACAAAUAUAUUCAAUCCCAGUAAUAUUUAGGCAUGUUUUGGUUGGAAAAUUGUACUUCAACAACAUGCUCAUUCUAUGCAUCAACCAACUUCUUACAUAAUUCUGGCCCUCUUAAACCUCUGUUCUUUGCAGAGGCUAUGGAGCUAAUUUAAGAAUAGUCUAAAAUUUUCAACAAGGUUUAGGUUAUGGCUUUCAUGUUGGCAUGUUUUAUCCAUGUCAUGGCCAGUUUGAUGUAUGCUUGGGAUCAUUGCCCUCUUGGAAAACCCAGUUGUGUCCAAGUUUCAGUCAUCUGGCUGUUUUUCUGAGAUGAAGGUGACAAAUUUGGAGGUAGUCCUCUUCACUACUACCACCAUGCCUGACAACCACGACAGUGUGAAGUUUGAGAGCGUAAUUUGACUCCUCCAAAUGUUCUUAUCAUGUGGCCUAAACAGCUUACUGUUUGUCUCCUUGGAACAAACUUCAGAAGACAUUUAGGUUGGCCCUGAGUGUAUUUUAGAACAGGAGCUUCUUUUAGGUCGACAUCAAUUUAGUGAAUGGCAAUGUAAAACUCACCUCACUGGAAACAGUCAAACUGGUGUUCCGGCAGUUUUCAGGUCCAGUUCAGUAGAUGCAGGCACAAUUUUGUCAGUUAAUACUGGCUACAUCAAGCCAGUCGUUAAGAUUAAACUGUGUGCUUAGCUGUGAGCCUAUGACUAUGAUUAAAAGUUGUUCACAAAAUCCUUGUUUCUAAAAUUCAUUGGUUUGUUCAUAAUCAGUGGUGGUUCUUGCAUGGAUGUUGCCCUGGGCUAGCCCCAUCUUCAGCAUCCCCGUUCCCACAAAUUAUUUUAAUGUAAUCAAUUAGAGAGUCACGACGAAACAUGUUAAAAGGCAAAUUAAAAUUUGUUUUGGAUUGUAACUGACAUGAUUUUUUUUAUUUUUAGUACUUAUGGUGGCCUUCCAGGUCAUACCCAUAUCGCCCACUAUCAAAACACAUAUAAUUAAGGACAUCCAUGCAAUGAUAAGUGUAUUUAAAUUUUUGUGAUUCAAAAAGCGUUUUUUUUUUUUUUUCAUUUUCUUUUUUAUUCCCUUUCACAAUGAGCACCAUUAUUAAUUACACUUGACCUUUUUAGAAAGUUUUUUGUCUGAAACAAGAAUGAGUUACAAUUUUACUAUACAAUCGUGCUGUAAGAUUAACAACAAUAGAAUGGGGGGUUGAAAUGACAUAGUUUGUCAAUGAAAAAUGUAGUGUGUGUUAUUUAACAAUAGCUCCAGGUGAAAUUUGCUUUUUGAAAAGGAUAGUUUCGUAUUUACAGUGUUUAUCUGCACUGAUCCAAGAGUGAUAUAGUUUCUUAUAAUAUUAAUGAAAAUUAUAAUAUGCAGGCAAUGAAAUGAAAUCAAUUCAUUUGUCGAGUGUUUUUUUUCUUGUUUAUUUUGUUUUGUUAUUUUAUAUGAGUUUGUAGAAAUAAUAAACCUUAACCUAACAAAAAAGAUAAACGCCCAAAAUUCAGCAGGGGACAUAUUUCCUAAUAGGAUUCAUGAUGAAGAUUCAUGAAGAAGUUUUCAUCAAGAAAUCUGCAGUCCUCGUGAUAAACAUCAGAAAUCUGCCAAAGAAGGAUUCAAAAUACUGUUGGGUUUUUAAGCUCUAAGGAAAGUGCAAAAACAAGAGUUUUUUUUUUUUAUGUGCAUCAGACUGUUUGUAUGUCUUAUUUACUCUGCUUCUGCACUGCACUGGUUUACUUACAAUAGAUAUGUGUCAAUAUCUCAGCCCGUGCAAAAGGCCAACUGUGCCGUGAGUCACACAUUUUAGUAGAUGUUACAUAAUAUAUGAGAGAGCUUUAUCUAUGAGUGGAAAUUGUGUGAUAAGAUGCUUUUCAGUGAGUGUCAGUAUGUGAAGCUGUUAACUGCACUGACAAUGAGAGUCUCUUUGUUAGAUGUGUACUGUAAGCACAUUUGUAAACACACCUGAUGAUGAAUACAAUGAAAAUGACAUCUAUAUCUGUCAUCUCUUGAAAACCCAAA